CGCUAGGUUCGCAGGUCCGCCGGCAGGCCGCCGCCAGGGAGGGAGGCGUGCGUCUCGCUCACUGUCAGUUGGGUUGAGUCGAGCCGAGUUCAGUCCACUCCACCGUCCCGCGUUCCGCAGCAGCCGCCGUGUCGGCGUCGCCGACCCUAACCUCGGCGAGAGGACCCCCGCGUGCAGCCACGGCAGCGCGGUGCGCGUGGCCGCGUGUGUGCGUGUUAGUGUGUUCGCCCCCGCGUGUGUGGGUCAGUGGACGUGUGGCACUGUCAGGACCAGUGGAGCCAACCCCCGCCUCCUGGGGGCAAACAUUUAAAGAUGGCGGGCUGGGCAGCCGCCCUACUACUGGCGGUCGCUGUAUUGCUACCGCCGAGCCCAGCCACGGCCUACAUGUCGGACCGGCACUCUGCUUCUAACGCGAUCCUAGGCAUCAGCACGGCCUGCUCGUCGGGGAGCAUGAACGUGACGGUGCGGAUGCGGCACCCGUUCCGCGGCAUCCUGUACUCGCGCGGCUUCCCGCUGGAGUGCAGCACGGCGCGCGACCAGCACCACAAGCUGUUCGACUUCCUGCAGCAGCGCGAGCGCGACCGGGAGGCGGGGCGCCACGACAACGAGAACCAGGUGCCGCUGCAGCCCGCCAAGGAGGUGACGCUCAGCCUGCCCGCCUCCGAGUGCGGCAUCCGCGUCGUGCCCAGCAAGGAUGGCGAGGGCCUGUGGUUGCAGACGUCCGUGGUGGUGCAGCUGGACCGGCACCUGCAGCAGGCGGCGGACCAGACGCGCACCGUGUCCUGCCACCUUCCCGCCCGGGAGUCCAGCAUCCUCCUUCAGCCCCUGCAGAGUCACAGGACCGGGCGGCAGCGCGGCGAAGACAUCCCCUCUGUGGACUUCGCCGAGGCGUCCUCGUCGUCGUCCUCACCGGCGUCCUCGCCGGCGGCUUGGCAGCAGCAGCAGCAGCACCACUGGCAGCGCGCGCGCGCCCUCAUGGAGAUCCUGACGACGGCAGGCAGAGGUCGAGACCCCGGAGUGCUGACGGUGGGCGAGGAGGCGGCACUGAUCGUCACCAGCCACCUGCCAGCCGGAGUCGGGUCUCGCGUGACGGACUGCUUCGCGCACGACGGCGCGGGCGAGGGCAUGGAGCGGCUGUCGGACGGGCGCGGCUGCCCCACGGACAGGCUCAUCCUGCCGCAGCUCAGGGAGGUGCGCGCCGGGCCGGCCGGGGGCCCGCUGCAGGACCAGCGCAAGCGGAGGAAGCGCGCGCCCAACAGCAGCCUCCACACGCACGUGACCGCCGCCAAGUUCGCUGCCUUCAAGUUCCCCGACCGCAGCCGUCUGCACCUGCGCUGCCAGCUGCAGCUGUGCCGCGGUGCCUGCGCGCAGGACAGUUGCGACCAGGCGAACGCGACCCGACAGGAGAGGAGGGCACGGAAGGGCGAGCGGGGCGAGAUCCUGGGCCGGUUGCAGGUGUUUAACAGCGUGGAAGUUCUGGCGCCCGGUAUCGAGGGGGACGACCGGCUCAGGCUGGACGAGCUGACCGCAGCGAGUGGCGGUGGCGGCGGCGGUGGCGCGGUGGGGGAAAAGACGUUCUGCCUGUCGCCGCCCAAGAUGGCCCUGGCGCUGGCCGCGCUGGGCUCGCUGCUUCUCUGCGCCGUGGCCGCGGCGCUCUGGUCGCUGCUGCACCGUCGGCACCGCGAGUCGCCCCUCGGGUCGGCGCCACUCCGGGCCCUGCUCCGCCGACACUUCCUGCGGCUGCGCGAUCACGGCAGCCACGGAUCGUCGGCGUCCCUCGGCGAGAGGAACGUCCUGGUACGCGUCCAGGACUCGCCCUUCGGCCACCCGGCCGCGCCCAGCCCUGGCGGCAGCCCCGGUGGCCCCGGAGAUGGCAGGGGCGCCCUCUGGCAGGACAAGCUCUUCCACUGACUGCACAUGACUGACGAGCCUCUCUGAAUUUUACCGCCGGGGCUGUUCCCCUCAUCGUUCUAGCUCCUCAUGUUUUUCACCCUUCUUUUACACCUCGUUCGACUGACUACCUCCCACUACACUUCUGAAAAGGAGGACUGAGCGAUGUCAACCGGUGAUUAUCACGCAAGGUUUCGUCGAGGAAGUACGUUUUUUCAAAUCCAUUCAGCAAAUUACGGGAGCUUGGCGCCUGCGAGACUCGGGGUAGGCCUCCCCGCAGUACACGCAUGCCCUCCAGGCGCGAUGUAGCCUACCCAUCAGGCGCUUUGAUAGCUAUCUGCAAUUAGGUACUCAACGGCGAACGACUACUUUCUGGAUAAUCCCUUAUGACCUGAACUUGAUCUACUGGAAUACUCAGAGUAUUCGAUGACUGAUGAUGAAAAGACUUACCACUAUACUAAUAUGUAUUGUCACAUUGUUAUUUUUUUAGUUUUGUGCUAUUAUUAUUUAUUAAGUUGGCUUUGAGACAAUCUAGUCUCAGUCAUUUAAGUAGUUGUCAUUGUGCCUUGCUAGUACGUGAUAAACAUUCUAUAAACUUAUUUCAUUGUAGAAUUUUUCUUGUUUUUUAACUGCGAGUUUUAAUCAGUUUUGUUAUUAAUCUUUGUGUUUUAAUUGGAUCGUACUGGCCAGUCACUGACAACUCGCAUCGAACUGUGAUCUAAGACCAAGCCGUUCUUUUUUGAGUUCCAAAAUAGAACGGAGCUAGGUUAGGUGUUGGUGUUUGGUAGGUUUUGGUACAAGACUCGUAAAUUCAGGAAACUAUAGGCAGUUACUGUUCAAAUCCGAAUCCUUUUUGAUUUUUUUAAAACCAUGACGGAAUCAUUUUUUUUCACCUUUUUUGUGCAUGUAGUACUGGGAGUAUACGAAUUUUUAAAAUGAUGUAACUGCGGCUUUAUUUUCGAUAAGCCCUACAAAAAGGUCUAUUUUGUGAAUUGUGCGCAACUGUUGGCGCACAGUAAGAUUUUUUCACCUUUACUGUUCAUAUUUGCAGUACAUUAUUCAUCAUUCCUGAGUAACGUCCAAAACGUCUGGGAAGCAAAUAAUAUAAUAGGAUUAAGUACGUACCCCGACCUCUGUGAUUACGUUAUAAGCUCUUAAUGCAUAGAUGCAUCAUGGUACAAAAGACUGUUAUUAUUUUAGUUUGUGACGCGUAUUUUUGUUAUGUAGAAUAAUAGUUGAACGAGUGAUGCUGUUGGUGUCAUUCAUUGUGAAUAAAAAUAUCAGCCAUCCAUUGGAAAAAAACAA